AUGGAACUUCGCAAGCGCAAGGCUUCUACUGCCCCUCCCCCUCCUCCUGUGAAGAGAAAGUCGACUACCAAGGUCCCCAAAGCUGCUGCUAAGGUGAAGGAGGCCGCUGCCAAGGUCACAGAGAAGAAGGAGGAGCCUGAGGAGGCUAAGGAGGAGGAGAAGACUGAAGAAGAGCCCAAGGCUGAGGAACCUAAGGCGGAGGAGUCCAAGAAGACCGGUGGCAAGCCCAAGGUUGGCGAUGUCGUGGACCUUGAUGGCUUUGGAGGCGAGAUAGAGACCAAUGAUGGCGAUAAGACCACAUUGAAGAAGCUUGUUGAUGAGAGCAAGUCUGGUGUCGUCCUCUUCACCUACCCCAAGGCAUCUACCCCUGGCUGCACCAAGCAAGUCUGCUUCUUCCGCGACUCUUAUGAGCCUCUCACCAAGGACGGCCUUGCCAUCUAUGGUCUCAGUGCCGACUCCCCCAAAGCCAACACAACCUUCAAGGAGAAGCAAAAGCUCCCUUACACACUGCUGUGCGACCCCAAGGCAACGCUCAUUGAGGCUAUCGGUCUCAAGAAGGCUCCCAAGGGAACGACGCGCGGUGUUUUUGUCAUUAGCAAGGAGGGCAAGAUUCUGGUCGCUGAGGCUGGAAGCCCCCAGGGCACUCUUGAUCGUGUCCAGGCACUGGUUGAAGAGCUGGCAAGCAAAUAA